CCAGUGUAUACGUUGAAGCCAACCCAUCUGAUCGAUCUGUAACACAACAAGAUUAAAAUGAGCAGCCUUGAUAUAGCAUCUCAGCUGCCGGUAGAACCAAACGUUCAAGAACUGGUCAGGAGUAACCCAUUAAAGAUCCCUGAGAAGUACCUUUUAAAGAAUAUAUAUGAACAAGACAAGCCAAAGAGUAUAGCUACUACUUGUGAUGAUCUUUCUUCUGAUGAUAUCCCCAUCGUCGAUUUUUCUCUGCUCGCAAGUGGGAACGAGGAGGAGCUUAACAAACUGGAUCUGGCUUGCAAGGAAUGGGGAUUCUUCCAGCUCGUAAAUCAUGGACUGGCAAGAGAAGUGUUGCAGGGCAUGAAGGAUGGUUCUGCGAAGUUCUUUGAACUUCCUAUAGAAGAGAAGAACAAAUUUUCCAUGUCAACAGCAAAAGAAAUACGUGAAGGCUAUGGGCAAGCCGCUGUGGCUACUGAAGAGCAGACACUCGACUGGUCCGACGCACUGGUUCUCAAGCUUUACCCAUCCCAGAUGAGGAACCUUGAGUAUUGGCCAACCACACCAAAGGGAUACAAGGAGGCUAUUGAGGCAUAUGCUAGUGAAGUUAAGAGAGUUGGAGAGGAGAUCCUAAGAUCUCUAUCUUUAACAAUGGGAAUGGAGAAGGAUGUUCUUCUUGGACUGCAUCAAGAUUUGGCGGCAGCAUUGCGUGUAAACUACAUUCCUCCAUGCUCCAUGCCUGAUCAAGUGCUAGGUCUAAGUGCACAUGCGGAUGCAAGCACCAUUACUAUACUUAUGCAAGACGAUAAUGUUAUCGGAUUACAGAUUCGAAAACAAGGACAAUGGGUAUCAGUCAAACCAAUUCCAAACUCUUUCGUUGUGAAUGUUGGAGAUGCUCUUGAGAUAUGGAGCAACGGGAAGUACAAAAGCAUUGAACACAGAGCCGUGACAAACGAAAGCAAGGCAAGAAUGUCUUAUGCAUCGUUUAUCUUUCCUCAUGUCGAUGUGGAAAUUGAACCGUUCGAUCAUAUAUUAGAAUCAUCAGGCACCAUUCAGAUGUACAAGAAGGUCAAAUAUGGAGAUUAUUUAAUUCAAUGCUUGAAGAGGAAAAUGGAGGGGAAGGAACACUCUCAAAAUGCAAAACUAGGAAGUACUUAAGUUCAGUGUGCAACCCUAAAAGGCUAAACCUGAGUCAUUUUUCACUUUUGUUUAUGUGUUUUUUUUUUUAAAUCACGUCUACCCUAAUGUUAUUAAAACCUAUCUAAUAAACUGGACAAAAUUUCAAAUUUCCUCUAGUGGUGACGUCACAAUAUGACGUGGAGCAUACAUCUUUUUCCCUCAUCUUUACCUUCACUCUCUUGCUCCUUCAUUCCUUCUCCACCGCCCUCGACCACGAGACCCUCCCUGACUCCUCUCAGCUUCCCAUUUGAUCCGCUCCUGCUCUUUCCCAACCCCAAUCCAUUUUGAAUCCAUAUGUACGUAUGCAUAUAGCUAGCAUAUUGUAAUGUUUUAUGAUUCGAUGCUAAGCAUCCCCUCAUGUACACUUCAAUUUCAUUCAAUAUAAAGAUGUUAUUUCUUUCGUAC